UUUUCUUGAUCGGAAGCCCCCACAGAGCGGCCGGAUGUAACGCUCCUUCACACAACAGUCCGAAAAGGCGGGAGCUCCUGUUGCCGGUAGGCCCUCGAGCUCUGCUCUCGGCCCAUUCCCGACAACGAGCUCUGGAGAAUGCGGUGCUGCGAUUGUACUAAUCGAGCUUGUCGAUGGAUCCUGCGCCACUUCAAUUUGCCUUCAGGUGCUGCCAAUUGAGGGCUCAGGACGGCACUGUGAAUAGUAUACAUUGAUCUGCACACCGUCAUCGAAAAGGGCCAAAUUUCGGACCGAUUCGUCUGCCCACCUGCCUCGCGAUUCUCUCCACUCGCGAAAUCAGACCGAAUUUCGGAAAAUCAAGAAACGUCCAGCGUGUGGGUGUCAACUGCAACUUCCUUCGAAUUACACAGUCGAUACAAUUCGAGUGGCGGAAAUGGCGUGGGGUCAAUUGACGGCUACCUUUUACGGGCUGAUUCGGGACGCUAAGUACACAAAUGCAAUUAAGCUCUUAGAAGAGCAGCUCCCAUUCUUUGCGCAAAGUCAAGCGGCACUCUCGCUUUUGGCCUACUGCCACUACAUGGUCGGAGAAUUCCAAGCCGCGGCCUCUCUAUAUGAGCAGCUGACUAAACUAUAUCCGACGGAACUCAAGUAUGCCAUGUAUCACGCUCAGUCCCUGUACAAGGAUGGCAUGUACGUGGACGCCGGUAGAGCUUGUCUGUCUGUGGAAUGCCACCAAACAAGGAUUACUAAUUUACAAGCAUGCAUACGAUACGAGCAGGGAGAUAUUUCUGGUAGCAAAAUGCUGUUGGAGCAGAUUGCCGAGGACGAUGUUGAUGCUGCUAUCAACCUUGGAUGUUGUCUGUACAAGGAAGCCGAAUACGCUGAAGCUCUCAGCAAAUUCAAUGAGGCCCUCAAUGUGGUGGGAUUUCAGCCUGAGCUGGCAUACAACAAGGCACUAUGUCUUUACCACUUGAAGCUUUACGACUCAGCAUCGAAAAUCUUGGCGGAGAUAUUCGAAGAUGGCGUGCGAGAGCAUCCUGAGCUCAGUGUUGGGAGCCACAUAGAAGGUAUGGAUCUACGCAGCGUCGGCAACAGUCAGACUUUGAAAGAAUCUGCACUGGUUGAAGCUUUUAACUUAAAGGCUGCUAUUGAGUAUCUGCAUAGCAAUUUUGAAGCUGCCAAAGAGGCUCUUGACGACAUGCCGCCACGUUCGGAGGAAGAAUUAGAUUGUGUCACCCUUCACAAUCAAGCUCUGAUGAACAUGGACAAAGACCCAACUUCAGGCUUCCGUAAGCUGAACUUCUUGUUGCAGAGCCCUCCUUUCCCACCUGAGACGUUUGGAAACCUUCUGCUACUCUAUUGCAAGCCAUCGCAUGGUUUUUAUGACCUUGCAGCUGAUGUGCUGGCUGAGAACGCAGAGUUGGCUUUCAAAUAUCUUUCCCAAGAUUUGUAUGACUUCCUCGAUGCCACCAUACUUACGCAAACUUCCACUGAGGAUGCUUAUAAGAAAUUCAAUGAGCUUGCUAACAAACACGGAGAAACGCUUCGCUGUUUGACAAAACAAAUUCAAAAUGCAAGGAUGUCUCGAGAGCAAGAUGCUUAUAAGAAGGCUGUGACGAAGUACGAAGAAGCCCUUGAGAACUACAUCCCAGUCAUUAUGGCAAUGGCCAAAAUCUGGUGGGAUAAGGAAAAUUAUUUACAGGUGGAGAGGAUAUUCCACCAGUCUGCCGACCUCUGCUCCGAGCAUGACCUGUGGAAACUGAACGUCGCUCACACUUUCUUCAUGCAGGACAAUAGAUUCAAGGAAGCAAUUCAUUACUACGAACCGAUCGUUAAGAAAGCUGAGCACAAUCUCUUCAAUGUAACAGCCAUCGUACUUGCAAAUCUGUGCGUCUGCUACAUCAUGACCAGCCGGAAUGAAGAGGCGGAGGAGCUUAUGAGAAAGAUUGAGAAAGAAGAAGAAAGAGCUCAAUACGAGGAUCCAGAGAAGCAGAACCUUCAUCUGUGCAUAGUGAAUCUCGUGAUUGGAACUUUGUACUGUGCGAAGCAGAACUUUGAGUUCGGCAUCGGCCGGAUCAUUAAAAGUCUGGAGCCAUAUGGCAAGAAAAUAGAACAUGACACUUGGUUCUAUGCCAGGCGCUGUUUCUUGGCUCUUAUCGACAACCUCGCCAAGCAAAUGAUUGUGUUGAAAGAUGCUACCUAUGCCGACAUCGACGCGUUCAUGGAUGCUGCAGAGCUAUACGGGAAAAGCAUAGUCACUACGGACGAGAAGAGCAGCGUAAACUCGGCAGCUGUCUACUCUCUAGCAGCGCCCAACCUCGUGGCUGCACCCGUGACGAGACGAACUGUUUCUCAAGAAGCUCGGAUGCUCAAGUUCAUGUUUCUCAAAGCCAGAGACUGAAGGCCCAUUCACACUCUCGAGCACUGUACCCUGCCACCAAAUCCACCCAUACUCUAUCAUUCAUUCUCGUGGUAAAGAAAGAGAACCAAGAGUUGCAAUCAGCUGUUCAGUGGAUGAAUGUGGCAUGUGGCAUGUGGCAUGGUAGUGACUGAUUUCCCUUCCCUUCCCUUCUCUGCUCUGCUCUGCUCUGCCUCCUGUGAGAGGCAAUUUUACACGGAACUUGUCCCAAUUGCGGGAGGAUUCGCUGUCCUCGAGGUCAAGCCAAGAUAGAAAUAUCUUGUUGCGAGAAAGCCAGAGGGGAGUACGACCAUUGCUGCCUCGAGAACACGACUGCUCCGGGAGAGAGAGAGAGACCGAAGCUGAGCUCCCUCGUUGCGACCUCAGUGGUGAAGUCAAAAGAGCAGGUGGAGCUCAGACUUCGACCGGGGCCGUCAGUCGUCGACGAAGUCUCACUGAUCCGUUUACGUUUCUCGAGGACGACAAGAGCGACAACCGAAACAGAGCACGAUGGCGAUGGCGAUGGCGAUGGGUGAUGGUGCACCGCAACCGUCCGUCCGUUGCUCCGUCACUCGUUUGGACCACGUCUGACCUCGAAAACGACUUUCGAUCCGACGACGUUGACUCCAUAGAAGCUCUCGGCGAAGGGGUUCAACUCCCGAGCUCCCUUCGCUCGGAGCGGAAUCAGUAGUUCCACGCUCUUCGUGCCUUCUUCUAGGAAGCUACGAAAUCGUGCGCGUGACUAAUCACGUCACAUCCG